ACUCGCGCCCUGGCUUCCUGUCCUACCUUCGACCCCGGGAAGCGCAGGCCUUUGGGGAGUCGCCCCUCUCCUCUCGGCAGGACUGCUGGAAAGCACGAGCAGGGAGGCCAUGGCCGCCCUGCAGGUGACUGUGGGCACCAUCACGGUGGAUGGGCAAACCCUGUUCUACCGGCAGGCCAAUCCAGCCCAGCAGGCCCCCAAGCUGUCUGUCCUGCUGCUCCACGGCAUUCGCUUUUCAUCCGAGACCUGGCUCAACCUGCAGACGCUGUCUAAGCUGGCGGAUUCUGGCUACCGCGCUGUGGCCAUUGAUCUGCCAGGGUUCGGCCAUUCCAAGGAGGCGACAGCUCCGGCCCCUGUUGGGCAGCCUGCCCCGGGGGGUUUCCUGAAGGCUGUCUGUGAGGCCCUGCAGUUGGGCCAGGUGGUUGUGAUCAGCCCAUCCCUCAGCGGGAUGUACUCGCUCCCAUUCCUCUUCCAGCACAGCCAGCUGGUUCAGGCCUAUGUGCCAGUGGCGCCCAUCUGCACCGAGAAGUUCCCCGCCAUGCAGUACGCCAGCAUAAAGCCUACUCCAGACAGCAGCCCCUCAAGGCUCCAGCCCCCCAUCUCCAGUGCUGGUCUGAAUCCUGGGGGUCAGCAGAUAACUCUCACUGAAAUCAGGACCCCCACGCUGAUUGUGUAUGGGGACCAGGACGCCGAGCUGGGGGAGGUGAGCCUGAACAACCUCAAGAACCUGCCCAAUCACAAGGUGCUGCUGCUGAAAGGAGCGGGACAUGCCUGUUACCUGGACAAGCCGGAGGAGUGGCACCUGGGCCUGCUGGACUUCCUGAAGAGCCUGGAGUGACGAGCGGCCUCUCUUCUCCCCCAGAACCUUCAGUGCGCGAUCUGUCAGGCACACGGCUGGCUCUUUGGUGCAUACCUCCUGUGGAGGAUCUGGGGACCACAGCUUCUCUCUCCCACUAGAGCGGGUACUUAAUCGAUGGCUUCUUGCCAAUCUCGGACAAUUGCAGCACACUGGGGGGUUUGCAAAGGGCGGCCACGCAGCCAGAGGCGCCCUCCUGGCAGCCAGGUGCUUGCUCCUUUUCCUUCUUUUUAAAAUGAUUAAAAUUGAAAGGUCUGUAGAAGCUGAUUGGCCACUAGCAUGGGGUGAGAUGGGGGUAUUGAGGGCAGGUUCCCCAGUGCAAGCCUGUCCUGCCAGUCCUAGCUCCACAGCUCUGCCAAUGCCCCUGCUCCUACCCUGCAGCCUCCCUGCGACUCCAGCCCU